CACACUUCUCACCCUCACUCUCACACUCUAUUUCUCUCUCUAAAAACCCCUUCUCUUAUUAUUAGAGAGAGAAAAAACUCCAGAGAGAGUCGACAAUAAUGGAUGUCUACGGUCUGCACUCUGCACCUGACUUGUUUCGUAUCGACGAUCUACUCGAUUUCUCUAACGACGAAAUUUUCUCCAUUAAUAACAACUCCUCCAACACCGACUCUAACCACCACCACCAACCUCACUCACACAACUCCGCCGCCGCCGGACCCGCCAAUUAUUACGAUGCUCUUCUUCCUAAUUCUUCCGACGAUUUCACUGAUAACCUCUGCGUUCCCAGUGAUGAUGUAGCGGAGUUGGAAUGGUUAUCGAACUUUGUAGAAGAUUCAUUUAGUAAUUUUCCGGCUAAUUCCGUAACCGGAACGAUGAAUAUCACUUCCAAUACUGCGUCGUUUCAUGGAAGGUCGAGAAGCAAACGUUCUCGUUCUACUUCAAGCUGGACAUCCUCACUACAAAACACUAACGCUACUACUUCUAUGAAGAACAAGGAGAGUUCAGUAUAUACCAGAGAAAGGUCGUCUUCAAUGGACGAAGAUGUGCCACGGAGAUGCACGCACUGCGCUUCGGAGAAGACGCCGCAGUGGAGAACUGGUCCUCUAGGCCCAAAAACACUCUGCAAUGCUUGUGGAGUUAGGUACAAAUCAGGCCGGCUAGUUCCGGAAUACCGGCCCGCAGCUAGCCCAACUUUUGUGUUAACACAGCACUCAAAUUCUCACCGGAAAGUUAUGGAGCUCCGUCGACAGAAGGAAAUGAUCCAUCAACCGCAGCAGCAACAACAAAUGCCGCCGUCGACAGAGGAGGGAAUGUACGGACAUCACUUUCGGGUCUGCUGACGUCAUAUAAAGAGAGAAGAGACACGUGUCUUCACCGCCGAGCUAACCGUGGACUCCUUUUUCUUUUUAUUUAUUGUUAUCAUCAUGCUAAUUUUACAAUCUGAAACGUUUCUUUGUUUAGUUUUUUUUAAUUUCGGGGGAUAGAAUAAUUAUUAUUGUGUUGGUGUAAUUUUUUGAAAUUUGAGCAACGCAUUUUUAUUGAAUUUCGCAA